CUUUUGAGGUAAUAAAACCUUAACGAUUUUUCAUCUACGGAUAUUAUUGAUUGUUAUCAACACUAUAAGUAAAAAAGAUGUUAUUUUUUAUUUUAAUUGCUAUAGUCUUUGGCAGUAAUGCACAAAUGAUUAUAGAUCAGAUACCAGAGGGUUCUUAUCUCUAUCCUGGUCCAGUUUAUGUGAACCAGCCUAUACAAGUAAAAGCUGCUGAUGUUAUAACAAAAGAUGACAGUAUGGAACCUAAACCAGUCUUGUACCAUUUUAUAACAGAUUAUCCACAUCCAGCGAUACCAAACAAUAACUAUAUCAAACCUGGACAACUAGUUGCAAAUAAAGCAGUUGAAUCACCACUAAUUUUUAUUAAAAACUAUGCUAAGGAACCAGGCUUGGAAAUCAAACAAAAGAAAAAUAUUUUGUACGCUGCUGUUCCCGUACUCAACACUGUUCCAAGUGAAGAGAAUAAAUAAUUAACAAAAAUAUUUUAAAAUAAUAUAUAAAGAAAUAUUUCUUA